AUGGCUGGAAGGAACGAUGCUGCAAUUGUUGCUGCUUUGGAGGCGAUGGCUCAAGCUUUGGAACAUCAUCCGAAUGCUGGUGAGAAUGUUGCGUCUCACAAUUUGGCUACCUUCCAAAGAGAGAAUCCACCUGUCUUCAAGGGCACUCAUGAUCCUGAUGGCGCAUUGACAUGGCUAAAGGAGACCGAGAGAAUCUUCCGUUUGAUGGAUUUUACUAUAGAUCAAAAGGUUUGGUAUGGGACUCAUAUGCUAGCAGUUGAGGCUGAUGACUGGUGGCUAGAGACUCGUCAAAGGUUGGAGGCUAAUGGUGAUGAGAUCACUUGGGUUGUGUUCCGUAGGGAGUUCUUGAGGAAGUACUUUCCGGAGGAUGUUUGUGGCAAGAAGGAAAUCGAGUUCCUUGAGUUGAGACAAGGGAAUAAGUCGGUUGUUGAGUAUGCUGCUAAUUGUUUGAUCUAUGAGGAGGAUAACAAUGCUCAUUAUCGGGUUAUUAGUGAGAAGCAGGGAAAGAGUCAAAAAGGUCGUGGCAAGCCUUAUGGUGCUCAAGUUGGCAAGGGUAAGCAGAAAGCUACUGAGGGUAAAAGGACUAGUGGGGUAGAUGCUCCAGCUGGUAUUGUGUGUUUCAAGUGUGGCAAAGUUUGUCAUAAGAGUAAUGUGUGUAUUGUUGAUGCCAUGAGGUAUUUUCGUUGUGGUGAGCUCAGACAUGUGGCACUUGCGUGCAACCAUAAGCAGAUGGUCUGCUUCAACUGUGGUGAAGAGGGACACAUUGGAAGUAAGUGUCAGAAACCCAAGAAGGAGCAAGCUAGUGGAAAGGUGUUCGCCUUGUUGGGAAUUCAGACCACUAGUGAAGAUGCACUAAUCAAAGAUGAAGGUGUUGAGUUGUUGUUGGCUAGACAGAUGCGCAUGUUAAUGAAGGAAGAAGUGCAAGUGUUUGCAUUGGUUGCAUCAAUGUCUGUUGAGAAUCAAGCGAUAAUAGAAGAGUUGAAGGUGGUGCGUGAAUUUCCUGAAGUAUUCCCUGAUGAAAUUCCUGAUGUAUCGCCAGAGAGAGAAGUUGAAUUUUCUAUUGAUCUUGUACCUGGUACUAGACCUGUGUCUGGCACUGUACACGAUGUCCGCACCAGAAUUGUCGAAAUUGAAGAAGCAACAAGAAGAAUUUCUUGA